GGAAAGAGGGGGCGGAGAGCACGGAGCCAGAGGAGCGGCUGCUGCCGUUGCCGCCACUGAGGUGUCUGCUGAGCGGGACGCAGGCUGGGAGGGACACCCAGAGGCGGCUGCCGCCGUCCAGCCGCCGCGACCUGCGGCCCCUGCCGGAGCCUCGCUAACUUUCCGAGGCGGAAGAGGAGGAGGAGGAAAGGGCUUUGAGUGUGUUGGGGGAUGCCGAGAAGCAUUCAGUUCCCUGCACCCAACACCUCCCAGCCCCUGGUGCAUCGACCCCGAAGGGCGGCGAGCUAGGCGGAGGCGCGGCGCGGGCUCAGCGGAGCGGCCCAUGUCCGGCGCGGGGGAAGCCCUGGCUCCCGGGCCCCAGCGCGGGGCUGAGGCUGGCGGUGGCCGGCUGGGCGCCCCAGCCCAGGAAAAAUGUGAUAAAGAAAAUACUGAGAGAGAGAUAACUCAAGCUACUGAUAGCUGCUUCACACACGGAGAGAUGCAAGACCAGUCCAUUUGGGGAAAUUGUUCGGAUGAUGAACUCAUCAGAACCCAACCUCAGCGCUUGCCUCAGCUUCAAACUGCAGCACAGGAAAGUGAGGAGGAAAUAAGCAAGAUAAAGAAUGGCCACCCAAGUCUGAGCAAUGGCAAUGGAAUCCACCACGGGGCCAAACAUGUAUCUGCAGAGAAUCGAAGACUUUCAGCACCCGUUUCUCAAAAAAUGCAUAGAAAAAUUCACUCCAGUUUGUCUGUAAACAGUGACAUCAGUAAGAAGAGUAAAGUAAAUGCUGUCUUUUCUCAAAAGACGGGCUCUUCACCUGAAGACUGCUGUGUCCACUGUAUCCUGGCCUGCCUGUUCUGUGAAUUCCUGACCCUCUGCAAUAUUGUCCUGGGACAAGCUUCGUGUGGCAUCUGCACCUCGGAAGCCUGCUGCUGCUGCUGUGGAGAUGAAAUGGGAGAUGACUGUAACUGCCCUUGUGACAUGGACUGUGGCAUCAUGGAUGCCUGUUGUGAAUCAUCAGACUGCCUGGAAAUCUGUAUGGAGUGCUGUGGAAUUUGUUUUCCUUCAUAAAUAUUUAUCUUCUGUUUGCGCUAAAACUGGAGAGUAUUUUAAGUUUUUUCUUUUGAGGGAAAAGAAAAGCACGUGGUAAAAUUCUCAUCAAACAACCCAGUACUUGCACUGUUAACUUGUUAUUUUAGGUAAUCUCUGAAAGCCUUUUUUUCUCCCUCUAACCAAAUCCACAUGGUUUAAUAUGUGAAAUUUUAACUACUUUUACACUUGUUAAUAGGUUGCAGUGACUGAGGGACAUUUUGGCCAAAAACAGAAAAAAAGAAGGAAAAAAAACCAAAAUGUCUCCUCCUUUUUAUACUUAUCUCUCUCUGUUUCUUUUAACCAGUCUUAGGAGCCCCUUGCUCCAAAUGUAUUCUUUGUUGGUGGUUAUUUAAAUCAGACAACUUAUUGUUAAUGUUUUUGCAAUGGUUAAAGUAAGAUUCCUUAGAGUAGACUUUGGGGAACAUGCCCACACAAGCGCUGGGCACCUCACGUCUGUGUCCACGCUCUGCUGGUUCACAGACGCGGAGCACCUGCCUUGUGUGACCUGCUGCAGCGCCGAGACGGAUGGCGUUCAGCUGCCAUCCAGAGAAGCAGAGGGAAGUUUAGGCAGAGAGACCUGUAAAGAAUAAGCCAGCCCACAGGCAUAUCGAAGUCAUGAUUAUGAGAGAGAAACUCAAAAGGCUGUAGGGAUACACACAGAAAGGAAGAGCUAACGUCUAUGGGAAUAUUCAGAGGGCUUCGAGGAGAAUGUGGCAUUUGAAGGAGGCCUCUUGGGAUGAGUGAUUCAUCUGCUGCUUGAAUGAAUUAGCUUUAGGACCAAGUUUUAGGUGACCAACCUGAGCUGACUGUGCCCUUGAGCAGUUACAAGAAAAAUGCCUCAUGUAUGUAUUUUCUUUAGUUGUGGCAAUACAUCUUUCUUUAAAAACUAUAAAAUUUAAGUUAACUAAAAAUAAGCAUUUUUUUACAUAAUUUAGAGGUUAUGAUAAAGUUUUGAUAAAAACAAAGCUUUAUUAAAAUACCUAUAUUUUAUAAAGAAUGUGGAGCACUUUUGAAAAGUUGCACUUAAAUUAGGAAAAUUUUUAUAUUAAAAUCUCAGCAUUUUGAUUUUGAUUUAUUCAAAUGCUUUUCUUUUGAGAGCUUUAAGUAUUUUGCAAGGGGAAGGGUUAUUUGGUUAAGAAGCAAACCCCCCAAUAUUUGUAAGCACAGUUAACUUUAAAUACAAAUUAUUCCUUCCAGUGCAGUGGGAAUCUUGACAUCCAUUACUAUGACCAAAUUUCAGUAUUGCAAUUUUACAUUAAAUCCAAAUGGUGGGUUAUAAAGAUCCUUAAGUGUAAAGAAAUAAGUAAGACUUAUUAAGUUACUUAUUAAGACUUAGUAAGUUACUAAGACAUAGAGACUUUGUGUGGUACAGAUGAAAAGAAGAGUAAAUUUUCCUACUACAUGCUCUUCUGCUAAGCUUGAUGUCCCCAACUUGUAGUUUGGUUUGAUUUAAUGUAAUACCUUGUAGAAAUUUUGAAAGUAUAUCUUUGGAUGAAUAGUUAUUUUUUAUUAUUCCAAUUGAAUGUCAAAUUGAUAGUAAAAACAAAUGCAUAUUUUUAGGAAGCCUUUUAGCAAAUGUAGGCUUUUAAGAUUUUAAAACCUGAAGCAUGGGUAUGUCACCAAGAAUUUUUCCUUUGAGAUGAAACCUAGUUUCCACUUAUAUCAUUACUUAAAAGGCUUAAAAAAGAAAAAAAAAUAGCAAACUCUUGAAUCCCCCUUUUAGUGCUCUUUACACACACACACACACACACACACACACACACACACACACACACACACACACACACACACACACACUUAAAUUGUCAGGCUUAAAUAGAAUUCUAGUAAACAGCUAUCUAUCUUUUCCUGGCCUAAAGAGCAUUUUUGAUGUAACAAAUGAAAUAUGAGAACCUCUUUCUACUAUUUCUUAGUAACCAGAAUCUGAAUAUUUACAUAUAUCCAAAGUUAACAUGUAUAUAUAUUAGGAUGUAAGAGUAUCAACUUUAUAUUGAUAUAUAAAACCUUCUAAUGACCUGGAAUCAUUAAAAUAGUAUAUCUGUUAUACUGCAAAAAUUCUAUGCCAAACAGUUUGUCUAAUAUUUAAGUGUAUCCUGCUAUUUACAAUGAUGAUGUUAGCACUUUUAAAAUAAUGUUUCUCUGUAACAGAGAGCAUUAAUUGAUAGAAUUUUAAUCUCAUAUUUAUAUUAAUAGUACUUUUCCUCUAUUGUCUAUUCUGCAGUCAUACCACAAAGUACCUUGUAUGAUUUUUUAAAAUAAAUGAAAAAAACAAAAGUAGCAAAUGUGAAAAUAUUUUCAAUAUGUAUUUUAGAAUUUCUGUAUGUAAAAUAUUUUGUUGAAUUAUAUGGCCAUCAUAAGUGCUCUAGUUUACAGUUACAGAUUUGGUCUCUCUUUAAAUGUGGAAACGUAAUCUUAAAUAUUUUUAAACUGGACCUGUAUUAUCCUGAAUAUACUAUUUUGAAAUAAAAAAAAAAUGAUUAAUCUAAU